UCAAUGCCCCAAUGCUCUCUUCGUCGACAACGUAAUAAUUACCUUGAACGCAUUCUCGCUCACUUCACACGACCUGGGCCAUGAGCAGACUACACUGAUGCGUUCGCAAUCCUCGCUCCGCGUCGCCUUUCCUAUACGUCCUGCACCGCUCCCUACCCCUACGGACGACCUACAGCGGCAUACAUUUCUCCUCCGUAGCUGCCCCCUCUCACUACAUAACGCCCCCUCAUACUCGCGACAGUCCGGAGAAUAGUCCACACACGCGGCUUCAAACGCUUCGCCGCGUUCUUGUCCAGCGCCAUUCUUUCUGAAAUUGCAGCGCUUGGUCUGUGGCGCACAAGAGGUGGUUUCCGAGGCGCGUGCAUCUUGCCGGAUAUCAACUGCUAUAUAUUUCGGAACCUCCCAUGAUGCCGUCUUCAACUCCACAAGAUGAAAAGUCGCGGCAGUCUUCCGGCGGUAGAUCGUUUUUCGGGAAAAGACUUCACAAGGAUCGAUCUCACGAUAGCCGCGCCGAGACCUCGAGUAUAGCGCCAAGCAUAACAAAUUCACAAUCCUCUCGCCACUCACAUAGGACAUCUGUGGCCUCAAUAGAUCGUCCGUCUUCAAGUGGUCACGAUAGUCAGGGCAUCAACAUGCAAGCUGGUGUAAUAACUGCAAUUCCAUACGACAGGACAGCUGAUGCGCGUUCGCCAAUACCCGUGGAAUACCUUCCUCAGGAGAGCAAUGACCCACGGACUGUCCGCUCCCGCGAACCGCAACCGCAUCAUUUGGCCAAAGCUGGCGGCGACUUUCAUCAGUACCCAGCAUUCACUCCCGUACCACAAUCCAACGGAUAUACCAGCGUACCUGGUCCACGACCGCCACCCCAUACCACAGGUACAUCGAUGGCAUCAAGUCAACCUGGUGAUCGGGGGGUCUCAGUGCAGCAAUGGGGCGGUAAUGCCAGGGCGAGCACAGCAACGGGCUCGUAUAACCCUUCAUAUGCUGGUUCAGACUCCUCUAACAAUACACGAGCAGCAUCCGACCAAGCAAGCAUAUAUUCGAAUAGCUCAGCGUACAGAGGAUCAAGCAUGACUUCUUUGCUCACCCCUUCACAUUCAACUUAUUCCUCACUUGGUGUUGAUCAGUCCACCCUUCUACCUACGAUCGGCUCGAAUCGCGACUCGCAUCAUCGGCAUGGUUUCGGACACCAUUCAAGUAAUUCCUCCACCCAACCAAUCUCUCCCGAGGGCUUCAAUCUCGAUAAACCUAGCGACGCACGUAUAAUAGAACAAGAGUUCAUGGCACUUAUGGUCAAACGCGGUUGGAAGAUGUUACCUGACGCAGCAAAAAGGCAAAUGGAGGCAUAUCCUGUCUCAAAGAAAUGGACACUUGUAUAUCAGGACAAGCUUUCUGAAUACCAAACCGACCAAAAGAAAAAGCAACAUGCACGACUCACUAUCGGCGGUCAAGAGUCGCUCGGAAUCCUCGGCAGAGCUGACGAGGAGGGUAGUCCAGAAUGGUAUGUGCGGAAGCUCAUGGACAAUUCAAUCACUGCGAAGCAGCUUCAAAGUCUAAGUGUCAGCCUGCGCACACAACCAAUUGCCUGGGUCAAAUCAUUUGUAGAAGCACAAGGUCAAGUCGCUCUGACCAAUGUACUGGGAAAAAUUAAUCGCAAACAAGCAACGGGGCCCGCGCCUCCAUCUGGAAAUUCUACCGAAAAGGACUUGGACCGAGAAUAUGAUAUCGUGAAGUGUCUGAAGGCGCUCAUGAACAACAAGUAUGGUGCUGAUAACGCCCUGGCCCAUGUCGGCAUUGUGAUGGCUCUUGCAGGAUCUCUUACAUCUCCCCGUCUAAAUACUCGCAAACUUGUCAGCGAGGUCGUAACAUUUCUGUGCCAUUGGGGCGAAGGAGAUGGGCAUGAAAAGGUGUUGCAAGCAUUGGACUUCCUGAAAUCGCAACAAAACGAAAAUGGCAGAUUCGACUCCUGGAUGCGCAUCGUCGAAGUCACAGUAGAUGGCAGGGGAAAGAUGGGUAGCCUUGUAGGUGCGAGCGAUGAGGUUCGUAGUGGGGGCAUUGGCAUGGAGAAUCUUCUUAUGGAAUAUGCCGUAGCAUCUCUGAUGCUCAUUAAUAUGUUGGUCGAUGCGCCGGCAGAUGUGCAGCUGCGAAUGCAUAUUCGCGCUCAAUUUACGGCAUGUGGCAUAAAGCGUAUAUUCCAGAAGAUGGCCGAUUUCCAGUACGAUGUAAUCGACAAGCAAAUCGCACGCUACUACGACAACGAAGGUGUUGACUAUGAAGAUGUACUUGAGAAAGAGAACAGCAGCAUGGUCGACAGCAUCGAGGGAGCAGUCAAGGACUUGAAUGACCCCAUGCAGAUCACAGAUGCCAUCAUGAGCAAGAUACAGAACAGUAGAGCACAAGACUACUUUGUCUCAGCCAUGCAGCAUCUUCUACUUAUCCGGGACAACGAGGGUGAGGAUCGACUAAGGAUGUUCCAGCUCGUAGACUCAAUGCUCAGCUAUGUCGCUAUGGACAGGAGGCUCCCGGACAUGGACCUGAAGCAAAGUCUCAAUUUCACUGUGCAAAAUCUUCUUGAUAAACUCUACACCGACUCAGAGGCACGACAAGUCCGGGACGAAGCCCUAGAGGCACGACAAAUAGCAGACGCCGCGAUUGCGGAGCGUGAUGAAUACAAAGCACAACUGGAGCUAGGUGCAGAUGGUGUUGUUGCGAAACUGCAGAAGCAAAUUGACGAACAGGCUGCCAUCAUAGAGCUCCGAGGUCGCCAAGCAGAAGCGAUGAAAGCUGAGCUCGCUGACGUGCGAAGACUCCGUGCUCAAGACCUCCAGCGAAACGAGCUAGAAACCCGAGAACUUUAUCUCAUGCUUCGCGAUGCUCAAGAUGUUGCAGCAUCAGCUGCUCAGAAGGGCGGCAAAGAAACUAUAUCUACAGAUCCAGCCCAGAUGCGUGGUAUCCUUGACCGGGAAAGGCUUAUGGAGCGACUCGAGAUCCAGCUGCAGCGGGCUAAAACGCAAGCUACACUUGAAGGUGGUCGUAUCUUGCAAAAUUUCAGCCCAUCAGACAAGCUCCGGGAACUACGCGAACAGAUGGAGGGUGAAAUGGGCGGCCAACCAGAUCUUAGUGGGCAUAUGGAUGCUGGCUACCUGGGUAAGGUCAAUAGAGGACAGAGCAGUGCUGGAAGACCCCAUAGGAAACCUGUUCCAAGCAGUGCUGAAACACUGACCGAAAUGCCUGUCACUGAGGAAGAUGAAGACGACGUGGUGUACGAAAAGCCCAGAAUAGUCGAAAUGAAGCGUCCGAAGAUGAACGCUCAGCAAGCCACCGGACUUCUGGGCGAGAUUGCAUCGAAAGUCAAGCGCUACGAAGCUAGUGACGACGAAGCUGAGGACGAAGGUAUCACAACUGGUCCUUCGCAACCCAGCAUUGACUCUGAACCUCUCAAGACUCCAGCGGAUGGCUCGAACGAAUUCGACGGACCACCAGCACCACCUCCUCCCCCAAUGCCUGGCAUGAUACCAGGCUUUGAGACUGGCCCACCUCCUCCGCCCCCGCCUCCUAUGCCUGGUUUCACAAACGGGGCUCCUCCACCGCCCCCUCCUCCGAUGCCUGGGUUUGGAAGUGGACCUCCGCCGCCCCCUCCGCCUCCUAUGCCAGGAUUCCACGAUGGUGCUGGUCCUCCACCCCCUCCACCACCUCCGAUGCCGGGUAUGGGAAUGGGAAUGGGACCUCCUCCACCUCCUUUACCUCCUCCAACUCCUGGUGCCCCUCCCCUACCAGGCAUGCGUAUAGGUGGCUUUUUACCCAAGCAUAACGCGAUUCUAUCUCCAACAGUCGGUCAUGGAGUUGCCAGGCCGAAGAAGAAACUCAAGGCGCUACACUGGGAGAAGGUCGACACUGUUCAGGACACACUCUGGACAAAUCAUGCUCCCACGCAUGAAGCCAAAGAAGAGAGAUACAUCGAACUGUCUCGUAAGGGUGUUUUGGACGAGGUCGAGAAGCUGUUUUUAGCCAAGGAGAUCAAGGCGAUUGGAAAGGCAUCAGGUAAAAAGGACGACAAAAAAUCGCUCAUCUCGGCCGACCUUCGCAAAGCAUAUCAUGUUGCUCUAGCAAAGCUAUCGGGCAAAUCUGUCGACGAGAUUGUACGUAUGAUCAUCCAUUGUGAUCGCGAAGUGCUGGACAACGACGUUGUCAUGGAAUUCCUUGGCAAGCCGGAUCUUUGCAACAUCCCGGAGAACACAGUAAAACUUCUUGCUCCUUACAGCCGCGAUUGGACGGGACCGAAUGCCGCCAAUACACCCCCUGAACAGGAUCCUCAGGAGCUGACACGCGAAGAUCAAAUAUACCUCUUCACUUCAUUCGAACUUCACCACUACUGGAAAUCCCGUAUACGAGCUCUUGCAUUGACCAGGAGCUUUGAGCCUGAAUAUGAUGAGAUAUACAAAAAGCUAGACGAAGUAUCAAAAGUUUCAGCGUCUCUUCGAGACUCCAGUUCGCUUCUUAGCGUAUUUGGACUCAUCCUCGAUAUCGGUAAUUUCAUGAACGACGCAAACAAACAAGCGUCUGGUUUCAAAUUGAGCUCAUUGUCACGGCUUGGUAUGGUCAAAGACCAUAACAACGAACGAACGUUUGCAGAUGUAGUGGAGCAAGUCGUGCGGACGCAGUAUCCUGGAUGGGAAGACUUUACGGAGGAGAUUGCCGGCGUUGUUGCCGCAAAGAAAAUCAAUGUUGAUCAGCUCCAACUCGAUGCAAAGAGAUACAUUGAAAACAUCAAGAACGUCCAGGGUUCCUUGGACUCUGGUAACCUGAGCGAUCCCAAGAAGUUUCAUCCUGAAGAUCGUGUCAAUAUCGUAUGCCAGCGGUCUAUGAAGGAUGCCAGGCGCAAAGCUGAGCAGAUGCAAGUCCACCUCGAAGAGAUGAGCCGCGAAUACGAGAGUAUUAUGGCUUUCUACGGUGAAGACCCACUCGACGAAAACGCUCGUAGAGACUUUUUCUCGAAGCUUGCUAUCUUCGUCAGUGAAUGGAAGAAAUCCAAAGAAAAGAACAUGGCAAUUGAAGACCUCAAACGUCGCAAUGAAGCCUCGAUGCGCCGUAAGAAUCAGCUCGCAGUGGGUACGGCCGGCGACAUCGGCCCUGAUGGCCCGGUAUCGCCUGCAUCCACUGGUGCGAUGGACAGCCUUCUUGAGAAGCUUCGUGCUGCAGCACCCCAGGUGCGCGACCAGCGCGAUCGUCGCCGCCGAGCAAGACUCAAGGAUCGCCACGAAGUUCGUGUUGCAAGUGGACAGAAGAUGCCUGAACUGCCUACUACAUACGAGAAAGAGAAUGGCAUGGUCAGCCCCCGAAGUGAAGGUGAUGAGAAUAAUGGCACAACAAGCCCGGACCCAGAGGUCAAGGAAGAAGACGUUGCGGACCGUGCCGCAAGUCUCUUACAAGGUCUGCGCGGAGAUGAUACGCCUGGUGGAGAUGACUCAAUUCGCGUGCGGCGGAGACGAGAAAGCGCAGAUGAUGAAAGGUCAAGACGAAGAGCAAGAAGGAGGGCUGCGCAGAAUCCAAGUGGUGGCGAACCUAGAAACCCGCUGAGCCCGUCGAUUCCUGAAGAAGGCGAGAGCGAGAUUAAUAUUGAGACUACUGGUGACGGUGCUCAUGAUGAUGAUGAAGAAGAAGGAAAGUUAAAUACGCCGACAACAAUCGUUAGCCCGCCUAGCCCUACAGGCGAGAAUAUGACGGGCAUAGCCACGCCGGAUGCGGACUAGAUGGCGAGAGGCUUUCAUGGCUUGAUGAGCCUUCAGGACGUCUCAUGGAAUUUUAUAUUGCUAAUGUUUUUUGAUUGGCUGUUUGGAGGUUUGUAGCUCCCUGAUACCACUACUUCAAGCUUCUUGUAAUUCCUUGUUGCUUGCUGUUCAUACUCUCUACAAGCAGAGCGCUACCUCUUUCAAUUAGCGUACCUAUAUACUUGCCAGGAAGACAUCAGUAUAUCUUUGCAUUGUCUGGCGUUUUGUCUUCUGUGUCUCUCACGCAUUGGAAAUACAACGUCGCAGCUGUCAGAAAUCACGCUUAUCAGCCGUUUCACAGAUACAGAUAUAAAUAAUGGAAGCCAUCGAAC